AUGUGGCUCGCCUCCCACACCACCUGCCCGCUCUGCCGCCUCACCGUCUCCAAGCCCGACGACGUAUCUCCUCAUCUGGCGCCUUCCUUGGCUCUCCCACCGGUCGCGCCGGAGCCCGCGAACUACGCCACCGUCAACCUCCCCGCCUGCGUGCUUCUCGGGGUGUCUGACCAUGGCGCGGUCACUGCGGAGACUAUGACCACCGACGUCCCCACGAACCCAUCCACCUUGGUGAUCGAGAUCCCGGAGCUGGCCGUGCCGACGCCGACGCUGACCCCGUGCGACGCUGCCAAGUCACCGGGCUCGGCGAGGCUGAGAUCGUUCAGGAGGCUGUGGAGCUUCGGAAGGCAAGGGGCCGGAGAGACUCCUUCCUGCUCCUGUGCCGGUGCCGGCGCCAGCGAAGGAGUCGACUUGGAGCAGGGUAUCAGCUAG